UUGCUGCAUGAAAUUGCACGUUUAGUGGCGACGGAGCUUUAAUUCGGUGGCUCUCAAUCUUUUCUCUGGGUAUGGUUACUAGAUUUUGACGUGACAUUUCAGAUAUUCUAUCCUAAAAUGGCGUAUGGACUAACUUAAUUCAAUCCACUGAGCCAUUUUUUGCACCAAACCAAACUUCAGAUAUUCUAGGAUCUUACUUCAAUUUUGAUGUUUCAAAACAUACGUGCGCAAUACAUAAAUUUACGCAAACAAAUAUAUAACACAUAGAACUAUUUAGCAGCGACACGUGUGUGAGAUUUUUAUGUUCAACAUCGUAAAAUAUUGACAGUAAUAAUUUAAUGUCAUUUCUUUGUGUUUAUAUUUUACGUUGUUUACAUGACGUGAGAAGAAGGGAAGGUUAUAUUCGAUACAUGUGACACAAGGCAGAAAAAGGAGAAAAAAUGGAUAAACCAUGCUCUCCUGAAGAAAUUGAGAAGAAGCGUUUAGUAGCAUUGCAAAGAAGAAAAGAAGCUCAAUUAAGGGCACAAAAGACAUAUAAAAAUAAUUCAUUACAUGAUCAAUUCAAUUACAAGGAGAACAGAAAUAUCAAAGACAAUACAGUAGUUAGAAGUAGUCCAAUGCAUGAACAAUCCAGACACAGUGAAAGUACAAAUAUUAUAAGACAAGAAAGACCAAGCAAUCGUUUCAGUCCUAUUGAAGCAAAAAACUUCUUUAAUAAAAAAACACUUGUAACAGGAAAUUGUUACAUGACCACUGAUGAUAGAUUUGCAGUAGAACUAUCAACAUUUGUACCUGAAAUUAUUGAGACAUUUAAAACAAUUCCAAGCAGAGUAUAUGAUGUAAAAACUAGAAUAUGGAAUUUUCACAUAAAUGAUUAUGAAAUUCUGAUGCAGAAACUAAUGUGUCAUAACCCUAGGAUAUCUGUAACAAAAAUACCAGAGAAUAUUCUUCAGAUAUUUAAAAAAAACUUAAAAUUAGACAAGCAAAUAGCAACACCAGAUCUGUCAAAAAUUGAUGAACAAUUAACAAGUAAUUUAAUGCCAUUUCAACAAGAUGGUGUUUGCUAUGGUAUAUCUAGAAGCGGCCGUUGCAUGAUUGCAGAUGACAUGGGUUUAGGGAAAACAAUGCAAGCAUUAGGCAUAGCACAUUAUUUUAAAGAGAAUUGGCCUCUUUUGAUUGUGGUUCCUUCAUCAGUCAGAUAUCAGUGGUCUGAAGCAAUUUAUGAGUUCCUGCCGUCUGUACCUGCACACUAUAUUCAUCAUUUUUUAAAUGCAAAAGAUUGUAUCGGAGAUGCAAAGAUUACUAUUGUAUCAUAUGAGUUAUUAGUACGAGCUAUAGAAACCUUCAAGAAACAUAUUUUUGGAUUUGUUAUUUUGGAUGAAUCACAUGUCUUGAAGAGCAAUAAGACUGCAAGAUUUCAAGCUGCUCAAGAAAUAUGCACUCAUGCUCGCCACGUUGUGCUGCUCACUGGAACUCCAGCUCUGUCAAGACCAAUCGAAUUGCAUUCUCAGAUCAGUCUUAUUUCCCCGCGAUUUAUGAGAUACGAAGACUAUGGUAUACGAUACUGCGCAGGACAAAGAAGUACAUUUGGUUGGGACUUUACUGGUUCCUCAAAUUUACAGGAAUUGCAAUUGCUAUUGAAGUCUACUUGUAUGAUUCGAAGGCUAAAAGCUAAUGUAUUAAAUCAAUUGCCAUCUAAAAUAAGACAAGUGGUUGUGUUAGAUUCUGAUUUAAUUAAAGCUGGCACCAAACAAAUGAAGGAGAUGUCGAAACUAUUGCAAAAAAAGAUCACAGCCCUAGAACGGCAUAAUGCUCUAUUGCAGUAUUACAAUGAGUCUGGUUUCGCAAGAUUAAAGGCAGUGUGCAAGUAUGUCACGAAUUUAUUUGAAGACAAAAAAAAGUGUCUUCUUUAUGCUCAUCAUCAAGUAGUUUUGGAUGCCAUUUGCAAAGUUGCUGACUCUAUGAACAUACGAUAUGUGAGAAUUGAUGGCAAAACCUCUCCAGAGCAAAGAAAAGUCGAAGUGGAUACAUUUCAGGAGAAUGAUGAUUGUUUGGCGGCCGUUUUGUCAAUUACCGCAGCAAAUGCUGGCGUUACAUUAACGGCCGCAAGUCUAGUAGUCUUCGCUGAAUUAUUCUGGAACCCUGGUGUUUUGUGUCAGGCAGAAGACAGAGUGCACAGAAUCGGGCAAAAUGACAAAGUUAUAAUCCAAUAUUUGGUAGCGAAAGACACUGCAGACGAUUAUAUAUGGCCGUUAAUUAAGAAUAAAAUGAAAGUUUUGAAUGCAGCUGGAUUCGACCACGAUUUGUCAAUAGAUAACGUUGACAUCCAGAAAGAAACCGGACAACAAGAUUUGACAACUUAUUUUCUGAAUACUUCCUCGUCCUCUGGAGGAACGCAAUCGCAACAAGAUAAAGAGCAAGAAGAUUCCCAAAAUAUGAAAGACAUUAUUAAGCAAGAAAAUGAAUUUAUUAAGCAAGAAAAUGAUCCGGAAGCAUCAACAUCUAAAAGCAACUUCGAAGAAUUACUUGAAAUUGAUGAAGAAUGUUUCGACUCUUGUAAUUGGGAUAAUAUGAUAUAAUUGCAGUUAUUUUAAAUCUGAAUGUUAAAAUACUCUUUCGCAAAUUUAUUUGUUAUUUAAUUAUUUUGCUAUAAAAACAGUUCUCUGUAUGUCUUUCCUAUUCUCUUGUUUGUAUUUUAUGCAUGUCGUUAUUUUCUUCCAGGAAUUGAUAACGAUAUUUAAAAAAGAUGGUUUGCAA